AUGCCGUCCAUCGCUUGUCGUACUUUUUCUCCUAUUAUUGUGGGUAUUAUUGAGCCGAAGUCGAAUUUCAGAAAUUCUAGCCACAAUUAUUGGUCUUCUCUUAAUUUGAUCCCUGCUUUUCAGAACGAGCGGCAUGACAGGUGUUCGAACAUUUGGGUUUUACAUCAUCCUGACGUGGCGUUCAGAUUGGUUUUUUCUUCGGAGCAGACAGUCAUUGCGGAUUGUCAUUGGAACUCUUUUGAUUUCCGGGUAGCGAUUGUUCACGGUGCCUCUACUCAUGUCGAGAGGAGGUCUUUGUGGGCGGAUCUCAUUAACUUUACUGCUGACAGUAUGGUGAUUUUAGGGGAUUUUAUGCCUAGUCAGACUUCUUGCAGAGAGUUCUGUGACUUUAUUGAUGACACUAGUUUUAUUGAGUCGGCUACUUCUGGGCUUCGGUUUACUUGGUCUGGUCGGCGUUUUAUGCCUCGACAUGUGGAGUCUUUUUUUGAUCGUGCUUUAUACUCAGAGUUGUUCUCUUUUUUGUGGCAUUCUGUUCAUACUCUGAACCUGGCUAGAUUGACUUCUGACCACUCUCCGAUUGUGUUUCAGUGCAGUUUACCGCCCCAGACCAGACAUAGGUUUUUCAGAUUUUUAAACAUGUGGGCGAUGCAUCCGACUUUUCAUGCUUUGGUGGAGGAUUCUUGGAGACAAGAUACUGGGGUCCUGUGUCCGAUUUAUAAGGUUAUGUUUAAGCUUAAACGGCUUAAGAAGGAGCUGAAGAAUUGGAACAAGAACGUUUUUGGUAACGUUGAUGCGCUGGUGGAUGACACCCAGAGGGAGUUGAUGGAUAUCCAGCUGAGUAUUUCGCUUCAUGGUUAUACGGAUGAGUUGUUUGACAAGGAGGUUCAAGCCCAGGCUAAAAUUAAUGUUGCAUUGUCUCGCAAAAAUUGUUUACUUCAACAAAAAAGCCGCGUUUCGUGGCUCACGGACGGGGACAGGAACACUGCUUUUUUUCAUGCUACGCUCCGCUAUAAACACAAGCCUAGGGAGAUAUCACAGCUUAUGAUUGAUGGGACCAGAGAAUCGAACCAGGACAGAAUCGGUGGGCAUAUUGUGGAUUAUUUCACCACUCUUUUCACUGAGGAUAGUGGCUCUGAUGUUGGCAUUGAGGCGAUUGAGGCUGUUAUUGACCCUGUUAUUUCAGAUGAUCAUAAUGCGGUUCUUUCGGCUUCUCCUUCGGACGAGGAGAUUACAGCUGCUGUUUUUAGCAUGGAUGCUGAUAGCUCGCCUGGACCUGAUGGUUUCUCUGGGAAGUUUUUUCAGAUUAUCUCGAAGGUGCUGGCAACAAGGAUCAGCGGGAUUGCAGCGCUUUACGUUUCUCAGAAUCAAUUUGGGUUUAUUAGUGGUCGUUCGAUUCAUGAUUGCAUUCUGAUGGGUUCUGAAAGUUUUAACUGUUUGAAACGUACGGGCAGAGGGCAGAAUAUGGCCUGCAAAAUUGACAUCCGCAAAGCCUUUGAUACUCUUCGUUGGGGUUUUCUGUUGAAUGUUCUUAAGGUUAUGGGGUUUGAUGUGAGAUUUAUUGAUUGGAUCAAGAUCAUUCUUACUUCUGCCCAGCUCUCCAUUCUUUAUAAUGGGAAGCUGUAUGGUUACUUUGGUUGUUCGCGCGGUGUGAGACAGGGGGACCCUCUCUCUCCUAUUCUUUUUGGGAUUGCUGAGGAUGUCCAGAGUGCUCUCUUUCGCAACUGCGUUACCUCUGGCCAUCUUACUCCCAUGUCUAUGACUCGUUCGCAGCCUUUUCCCACCCAUCUUCUUUACGCGGAUGAUAUUCUGGUCUUCUGUAAAGCCUCUGUUCGGAAUGCGAGGACGAUUAAGAAGAUUCUUGACUACUACAGUUGGAUUUCUGGGCAAAUUUGUAGCAGUGAAAAGUCUCAUAUCUACUUUUCUGCUAAAGUUCAUGCUGUAACUCAGCGUUCAGUUCUGAGAGAUUUGAACUUUGUGAAGGGAGUGGCUCCCUUUACGUAUCUGGGGGUUCCGAUCUUUGAUGGGCGUGUCCGUGCUUCUUAUUUCAGACCGAUUCAUGACCGGAUUUUAGCAAAGUUUUCCAGAUGGCGUGGGCGUCUUCUUUCUAUGGCUGGGCGUCUUUGCUUGGUUAAGUCGGUCAUUCAGAGUUCUAUCACGCACUCUAUGAUGGUGUAUAAAUGGCCCAGAUCCUUGUUGAAAGAUUUGGAUGAGAAAUGCCGCAAUUUUAUCUGGACGGGUGAUGUUAGAAAGACACCUUCUUGUUCGGUGAGCUGGAGCCGUGUUUGUGCCAUCAAGGAGGAGGGGGGCUUGGGGAGAUACUUGAACAAUUUCAGACAGAUGAGAUGUGAUUCGAUCUCGUCGUCUGUUUGGCUUGGUCUCAAGGAAGAGGUGAGCGAUUUGGUUGAAAAUUCCUACAGCUAUAUUGGUGAUGGCACGGCCACGAACUUCUGGGUUCCUCAUUAUGUCCAAGAUUUGCUAAGACAUUCUGUUGCUGACUACUUCUAUGAUGGGGUGUGGCAUUUCACCCAGGAUUUUAUUAAUGCUUUUCCUGAGAUUGUUGGUGAUAUUUUGGUGCUUCAUAUUGGAGAGGAUUCUGACACUCGUUACUGGAAGCCUUCUAUUCAUGGUACGGUCACUGUUGCCCUUGCGUUUUCUAAUCAAUGUCAUCGUUUUCCUCGUGUUAGCUGGGGUUCUUGGAUCUGGAAGAAUUAUAUUCCAGUUAGACGUUCUUUAGUCUGCUGGCGGAUUCUCCAUGAUCAUCUUCCUACUUAUGAUCGCCUGAUUAGAUAUGGUAUGAUCAUGCCCAAUCACUGUGUUUUUUGUUUUUCCUCGGGUGAAACUAUGGAUCAUGUUUUAUGGUCUUGCGGCUGCGUUAGACCUAUUUGGAUCGAGUUCUUGAGUUGGUUUCAUUUAUCUGAGGCUGUUGAUGCUGCUGAUUUGCACAGUUUUUUGAGGAACUCUUGCAUCUUUGAUAACAAACGGUUUGAUCAAAGGCGGAUUAUACAUGUUGUCAAAGUUGCUUUUAAGGAGAUGAAGAAUAAUUUUAGUCUUGGUCAUAUGAAUAAUUUUUGGAAAGAUUAUACUAUUCUCAGAUCGAUUGGUGUUGCUACACGUGCUGCUCGUCCUCCGGAUUUCAUCGACGUGCACUGGUGGCUUCCAGCGUCUCCUUGGAUUAAAGUUAACACGGACGGCUCUGCGAUGGGUGCUCCGGGAAAUAUUGCGGCUGGUGGAGUCUUCCGUGAUAACUUUAAUUGGGUCCGUGGCUGUUAUCAUUAUAAGGGUGGCGUUGGUUUUUCCUUUGAAGCGGAGCUUCUUGCGGUCAUCAAAGCCAUUCUCAUUGCUCAUGAUCGGGGAUGGCUUCAUUUAUGGGUUGAGUCUGAUUCUAUGUACAUUGUGCAUCUGCUUGGGGAGCGUUCUACUGCGGUGCCUUGGCGUUUCAUUGCGUUAUGGCGUAAGGUUCUUUGUCUCCUUCCUGAGUUUAAGCUUCAGAUUUCUCACAUUUAUCGGGAAGAAAACAAAGUUGCUGAUAUUAUGGCUAACUAUAGUAGAGAUGAAGGCUGGUGGCCUUAUGCCAUUGAGGAGAUUAAGGAAGCUGUGAGGCUUGAUAUGGCAACUCACAGUCAUACUCGUAUGCGCUGA